AUGCCAACACGCUUGACGACAGACUGCAGGUUGGCCCUAGAUUGGAUUUCAAAAACACAAAACGAACGCAAGCAUGCCAAGCAUGCCGAGGUUGUUCAAACAUCACUAAACACGAAACUGGUAGCCGAUUUGGUUCACAAUGGGGAAGACGACGACGACAGCUACGACGAUUCAGAUACUAAUAAUAUGAACAUCCCUGAAGACUCCUUGAUGCCAGAGUAUGGCGAUGGAAUCAAUGCUCUACGAUCCUUUACCCCUACAAAGCCCGAAACUGAUAGUUGCCGCUCUCUCGUCAACCAUAUACAAGUUCCUGAACAUCAGCAACCUAUUCCACGAAAACGCGAUGCCAACGCUGAUGAGGAGAUGAGCCGAGUUGAAAACUCUUAUCAAAUCUCGACUAAGCGCAACAUCUACUCCUUAAACGAACGUAUCGAGAAUACCGAAAACCUCAUGGAAUUGUGCUCGAACGAGCUCAUUGAGAAGCAACACGACGCCUAUAAGUGCCCGGGAGCUGGAAGACGCUAG